GCGAAAACCGGAAAAAGUGCGCCGUCGAUUUCUGUUUACUCUGCAGUUUUUCAUCCCGAACGAAACGAUUUUCAACACAAAAUGGACAGCGAGGAAGACGAUAUUAUGGAUUUUUUCGAUUUUAGCAAACCGUUCCAGCGGACGGUCGUGUCAGGCGGUUACUGUAACGCGACCGUCGUUCCGGAACCGCUGAACUCCCACAAACUGCCGGAGAAACCGGUGCAGGGCACCGAGUACAGCGCCAGCUACGCCCGUGCCGAGGAAAACCGGCUCAUCAAGGCGUUUAUUGCUGAUACGGAGCCGGCUGCUUCGGCCGUCAGCGCAGUCGACGAUGUCGAUGGGGAUUCAAUGAUGGCGGCCGAAGACGCGGAACACUUGCGCCGGCUGCAAUGCCAGGAGCUGAUGGAGCCGCUGUUCGCUCGGUACCGGUUCACGAUGGAGCCCAACAAUCUGCCGAUCUACGAAUCGAAGCAGAAGAUCGUGGACACGAUCCGUGAGCAUCCGGUGGUGGUGCUACAGGGCCCCACGGGCUGUGGCAAGACCACCCAGGUACCGCAGUUUUUGCUGGAGCAGGCGUACCAACGGGGAGAGUACUGUAGCAUCGUGGUCACGCAACCACGCCGUAUCGCAGCCAUCUCGAUCGCCGAACGCGUUGCCAAGGAACGGGAUUGCGAUGUGGGCACACUAGUAGGCUACAAGGUGGGGCUGAAGCAAAAGCUGAGCGACGACACCCGGGUUCUGUUCGUGACGACGGGUGUGCUGCUGCAGUGGCUCAUCAACGCCAAGACGGCACCCCGCUUCACCCACAUCAUCAUGGAUGAGGUACACGAGCGGGAGGUCGAUAUGGACUUUCUGCUCAUCAUCGCACACCGUAUGCUGGGCACGCGGAACAAUCAGUUCAAGAUCAUUCUCAUGUCGGCCACGAUCGAUGCCAAGGUGUUUAUCGAUUACUUCAAGAUCCCGCACGCGGAUCACCUGCUCCCACCGGUCCUCCACGUGGCCCGCAAGCAUCCGUACGAGCUGCGUGUGUUUUAUCUGGAUGAUUUGUCGCACUUCCGGGGAGAUUUUUUACCGGACUACCGGAAGCCAGGCAUCUGCGAGGAGAUGUACAUGAUCGCGGCCAAGACGGUAUACGCCUGCGAUCAGUUGAUCGACGAGUACGAGGAUGAUAGUGAGCGGUUGAACUUCAAACCAUCGAUCAUCAUAUUUCUACCCGGCAUCGGUGAGAUCGAUCACAUGGCCAGCGUGUUGAAUGGGUUCCAGCAGGUACGGGCCAACAAUGCCGGUUCGUAUACCGUGCCCCAGUUCAUCAUCCUGAAGCUCCAUUCGAUGAUGCCCGCAUCGGAUCAAGCGGCCGUCUUUAUCAAACCCCCCACUGGCUACCGGAAGAUCAUUCUCUCGACGAACAUCGCCGAAAGCUCGAUCACCGUGCCGGACGUCAAGUUUGUGAUUGACUUUUGUCUGCAGCGCGUCCUGGUCGCCGAUACGACAAACAACUUCUCGGCGCUAACGACACAGUGGGCUCCUCGGAGCAACCUAGAACAGCGUGCUGGUCGUGCGGGGCGUCUGAUGAAAGGGCGCGUAUAUCGUCUGAUCGAGAAGCGACACUAUACGACGGGUAUACCGGCGAUGGCUACACCCGAAAUGACACGCUGUCCGUUGGGAACGGUCGUGCUGAAGGCCAAGCUGGUCGAUGAUGGACCACCGCAUGCAAUCCUUGGGCUUGCCCUCGAUCCACCGAAUCUCUCCGACAUCUGCAACACGAUACUGCAACUGAAGGAACUCGGUGCACUGUUUCUGACCGUCCGGGGAUCCUAUUCACCGUACGAUGGUGAUAUGACGUACCUCGGGCGGGUGAUGGCACAAUUACCGAUGGAUCUACCAUUCUCGAAGCUCGUCGUGCUGGGGUACGUGUUUUCGGUGCUACCCGAGGCCAUCAUCAUAGCGGCGGGCAUGUCGGCGAAGAACAUCUUCAGCAAUCAGCGCAACCAGCACGCGUUCGCCCUGAAGAUGCACUGGGCCGAUGGAUCGGGUUCGGAUGGGAUCGCGAUCCUGAAUGCGUAUACCGCGUGGCGAGGACAACAGGAGCAACGUGCAACGACGGGUGGCAGUUCGGCCGAAUGGUGCAAACGGCAUGGUUUGGAGCUACGCUCCUUGACCGAUAUGGCCGAGCUGGUGCGCGAGAUAGAGCACCGGAUGGACAUGUGCAACCUGAAGGAGAUCACCGGUCCCAAUCGGGUCGUUUGGAAGCCACGCGAGAAACCAAUCAUCCUGAAGCUGAUCAUGGCCGGAGCAUUCUACCCGAACUAUUUCCUCGUCAGCCGGGUGACGAAUGAUAACGACGAGAGCAAACGGAACACGUACUCCGUGGUCGGUAACCGGGAUCCGUUUAGUACGGUCUACCUGAGCGGUUUCGAGCACCGGACCCACAUUGGACCGCUGUACCGGCAGCAAAUUCGCGAUCUCCUAACGGAGGGCGAUCGCUCGAAACAGUCCGUCAUCAAGGUGGAGUUUGAUCGAUCGCAAAAUCGCAUCUUUGUCCGUUUCGUCGGUGGUGAGGCGGAACGGUACAAGGUACCGGGUCGUAUCCGGCCCGAAGUGUACCAUGCGAUCAAGAUACGGACGCUUACCCGGCAGGGAAUGCAGCUGCGCGUCAUGCAUCAUGCCGAUGCGGUUCGGGUCGCCACGGAGAUGGGUCUCGGUCACUGGCAGGACAACGACUGGGUGCCUAAGCGGCAGCUUCUCGCGAAUCCGCACCUAGCCGUGGUGCCGCUGGUACACUGUGCCCGUCUGCAAGCCACCGUAACGUACGUGUGCAAUCCGAGCAAGUUCUAUCUGCGUCCGCUCGAUCGAAACGUGCAACUGUUCGAGGACAUAGUAAAGCAAAUGAAUGCCGGUCACUUCCAACCAUUCCCGCGCGAACACAAAUUCCAUCGCCACGAUCUAGUGGCCGCUCCGGUGCAGCAGCAGCAGGAGCAGCAGCAGCGGUACCGCCGGGCUCAGCUUAUUACUGAGCACGAUCAAACGCUCGCUGCCAACCGGCGCUCUUGGACGGUGUUCUUCCUCGAUCACGGCGCUACGGAGCAGCUGGAGGUUUCCACGUUUCGUCAACUUCCGUCCAACCUCAGCCAAAUGCCGGGGCAAGUGUUUGAGGCUUCACUGGCCGAGGUGCAACCACCGGCGGCCAAAUCACCGACGGGCGUCUGGCUGAAGGAGAGCGUCGCUUUUCUAACGAGCAAAACUCAAGGCACGCGGCUAGACGUGGAGGUGUUCUCCGUCGUCGAUCGCGUUGCGAACGUUGUGCUGCGUUGCGGUAACUUUGGUGAAGAGCGCACCAUUAACGAGCAGCUGAUUGAGGCGAAGCUGGCUCAAUCGUCGGAAGAGUCGUACCCUUCGAAGAUAAACCACGAGAUGCGUACCCGGGUGCAGCGUCACAUCGCGCUGGAUGAGCAGUACCGCAAGGAGAUCUUGGCCGACGAUUCCGAGCUGUUGCGGUACAUCGAGGAUGACGAUGAGGAGAUCGUGGAGCCACCGGCGGAACUGCUGCGCCUUACGCUGCAGCUCCGGGGUCCGUAUAGUCCGCUGGAAACGCGUUGCUAUUCGUCGAUGGCAUCGAGCUUCCUGAAGGCGGUCAGCAUCGAGCAGGAUUCCGUCAACUCGGUCCUGUUGGAGUCGAAUCCGCAGGAUACGCACGAGAAGCUGGUGAUCGCGACCGGUAUUAACGAGAAUCCGAUUAGCCAGAAGCUGACCAUACGCCAGACGACCAUUAUGCCCAACAUUCCCGGCAUGCCGGCUUUGAUGACGCUCAUCUUUGCUCACCGGUGCGUGCUGAAGAUGGACGACGAGGGAACGCGUGUGUGCGGUGUGCUGGGAGGGUUGGGAUGCGAUCCAAACACUGGCACAUCGUACUAUCCCGAGCACGACCUAUCGCUACCGGUGGACGUGGAGAUCACUCAGGACGACAUUACGGAUAUCAAUGCCCUGCGCUACAUAAUGGAUUCAAUGUUGCAGUCGGGACGCAGCGAGAACACUACCAUGUUCUCUGGGCCCACCCACGGGGUGCUGGUCGGCAAAGUGAAGGAGUACAUUCUCAAAAUCCUCCAACGCGACCGGCCGCUAACGGUGGCAGCCUUUGUGCAGAACUUCGAAUGGCUGUCGCCAAGCGAUCAAGGAGCGAGCAGUUCGAGCAAACGUAGGGCAGUAGAUACGACCACCGUCUACGAUUCGCCACUCUUUCCGCUGCAUCCACCGCUUACUCUACAACCGGUCAAGACGAACCGUCUCGAGUUCCUGCAAACGCACUGUGCCGAGCUGCACAGGCUUGCACACUUAUCAAUCAAACUGCCAAAUGGAGGUAUUACCUGCAAACUGUGUGACGUGACGCUGGAAUCGCAACACGGCAUACGUAUCCACCUGUACUCCAAGCUGCACCGUGAUCGGGAACAUCAAAUCGGUUAUCAACACUCAUGAUCAAAUCAGCGGUUAUCAACACUGUGCUUGGGGCUUUUUUCCAGUUAUCCUUCGAUUGGUUUACUAUUCAAUGUGUACUUUUCUUUCUUAUACGCCUACUUUACCAUUCUCAACCAUUCUCAGUGUCGGUAACCAAGGGAGACACGAUGAUAUUUUGUACGUUUGAAUUUACGAGUCGCCCGCCAAAGAGAAAAUGCGAUUAUUAUAGAGUGGUGGCAAUGAAUUAGUAUUUGUGAUUUAAAAUCAAGUGAUCUGAGUGAACUUACAUAACGAGUUGCUUCCAUUAUAUUGCGAGGUGCUAUGUGCAGGACAUCUCACCCGAGCUUGUUAUUUGCCGUAAGGAGCGCCAUAAUCCAUGAAUUUAUUUUUAUACAUUUCACUGGGGCCUUUACCCGUUUAAAACGAAUAAAUCAUAUAAAACUUGA